AUGGUGCACGCUGCCAUGCAGAUGGCGCCACAGCCGCAGGGAACUGCUGUGGAGGGCACCAUUAAGUCCUACAGCGACCGGCACGGCUACGGGUUUAUUUCCUCGCCUUCUUUGAACAGAGACGCUCAGUUCAAGACCGGAGAGCUAACAGCAGACCUGCAGGCCAUCGGGACCAACCUCAUCGGCAGAACUAUUUCCUGCCAUGUCCAUGCCUUGUCCGACGGCAAGCUGAAGGCCACUCAUGUAAGCCUGAAGACGGGAAUGGGAAUGAGCAUGGGCUGCAGUGGCCAGGGGUGUGGCCAAACGCACAGAGGCUAUGUGACCAUAUUUGACCCAGUUUCCCGGCUCGGUGUCAUCUCCGCCCCUGGGGUGGCCCAUGAGGUUCACUUCUGCGAGACGAUGGGCCAAAAUCUGGCACCUGGAGCAGAGGUGAACUUUGCGCUGCAGAUGCUGCCUGACGGAAGUGUCCAGGGAACGGAUGUCGUAGCUGGUCCUCCGGCACCGUCGCUGGGAAACGGCCUUGUCUCGGGAACGCAAACAGCCGGCCUUGUGAAGAACUAUAACGACCUUCGCGGCUUCGGCUUCAUCAGCAUCCCCGGCGGGAGCCAGGAUGUCUACUUCCAGCGAAGAGACAUGGACGAUGCCUCUCAAACUCUGUUGACCUGGGUCGGAGGUCAAGGCCUCACCGGCUGCACCGCCAACCUUCGCUUGGAGGCCCUGUCAGACGGGAGAUGGCAUGCUCGCAGCAUUACGCUCUCCGAAGCCGGAUUGAACCUCUGGGACGGCGCUGCACUCGCGGGCGUCGUGAAGGCUUAUUUCCCGGCCAAGGCCAGGAGAUACCGGAACAUGCGGAUACAUACCUUGUUGAGGGGCCCUUACAACGACUGA